AUGUCGGAAUCCGUUCUUCAAGCCGAGCUGGCAGUCGCCAAGGCGCGGUUGGCUCUGGCCCAGGCCCAGGAAGCUGCCCGCGCUCAAGUUGCGGCGGCGGGUGACCCGUCAUCGAUACAAAAGGCAAGAGAGUCGGGCAAAUUUACUAGCGAUACGCAGGACUGUGCGUCGACGCCGGUCCGCGAAGACGGCAUCAAAGACGCGACGAGCGCAGAGACUAUCGAAAAGGCGCCUAAGCGCGUCGAUGGUAACGCACACGCCGAAGCCUGGACGAAGCUUCUCGAAGAACCGUUCACACUGGACGCUCGCGAAUCUGCCGUGCACGGCAUCGACUCAACAACCACUGACGCCGAGGUCGAGACGCAGCCGGAUAACGACGAUCUACGUGUCGCUCGUGAACUGGCCGGGGCGUCCGAAGACGAGAAUGUUGCGGAAGGUGAUAAAUGCGCUUCCGAGCGCGCGUUGAAGACAAGGCGCUCAUCCGCGCGAACGGGGCGCGCGGCAACUCGGGCGAUCCUGGCUGAGGAGGACGACGCGGAGACCUCGGGGUCUGUGACGCCAGCCUCGAAGAGGAAGAGGAGCGAUAUAGAGGAGCUGAGUUCGUCCGAGGAAGAGAUGGAGAACGAAAGUAUAGGUGCGGAAGAAGUACUGGCCGUCGCGCUCAAUAAGGGCGCCGCUCCGAAGGGACCCACAUUCGAGUUCGCCGACGCCGUGAUGCGCUUCGCGGCUUUUGCGUUUUCGUACGCCAGCCUGUGGGGCAAAGAUCAUCAAGAGGUCGUCGUGUCAAUGAUCAAACCGCUCGUGCAGCUGGAACUUGCGCAUUGGUUCGAGCUCGGACACGAGAUGCCCGGCCUCCCGUCUAGCGCCAUUUCGUGGGUCUCGCACCGCCGCGCGGCAUGCAAGGUCGACGACCCAAGCUACGUGCGCAAUACGCUCAAGGAGGCGCACCUCGAGCACAAGAUGCUCUCCUGCAUGAGCACGCUCCGGUCUCUCAAGUUCGCCGACGUCGCGCUCAUGCACGGGCGGCGUGGAUACAUCCUGCUGACUGGGCGCCGUGCGUGGGUGAAGUCGCCCGGCUGCUGGACGCUCUCGUGCGGGCGAACGGCGGCGAAGAUAUGGAGUUCUCCGUCAGAGACCCCGUNUCUCGUGCGGGCGAACGGCGGCGAAGAUAUGGAGUUCUCCGUCAGAGACCCCGUACUCACCGCGCUGACCACCAUCAAUCACGACGCUACAGCCGCCGUGACGGCCAUCCUGUCGAAGCGCGCGGACGAGCUGAAGGAGAUGGAGGCAGGUCGUCUCAGGUCCAGCACGAGGAGCCCAAAGGCGACCAAGCGCGCUAGACGGUCGGCUUCAGCUUCGCCGAUCAAGGCGCCGGGAUCGCCUACGAGUUCGAGGUCGAGAGCGCGGGGCACCAAGAAGACGCACGCAGUUGGGGAAGCAUCGUCAAAGGGUUCAGCCGAGAAAUGA